UGUGUGUGCACAAAUAUGAAGAUAGUUACAUAUUCAGGUUGCCCUGUAUUAUUUAUUCUUUUUAACUGAUGAUGUGAUGUCAAAGUCUUCACUCUACAGAGUUCAGUCAGUGUAGUUCUCAUACAAUGGAAGUGUGACUCUGGAGGAGCGGCAGACUAUCACAGCUUGACUAUUUGUGUAUUUUUACAUGACAAAAAAGUAUGGACACUGUUUCUCAGAGGUUGCAAGAUCAGAUCUCAGAGCUGCUGAAGCCUCACAGAGUGUGUAUGGUGACGCCUGUUGUUAUAAAUGACAGUAAACCAUGUGGAAAAUCAGCCGACAGGUUUUUGGUGCUGAGUCUGUGGAGAGGUUAUCUCGUCAUAAACAAGCAACCUGUCAGGGUGGAGAGCACUUUCAGUUAUAUGGAGAUUUGCUCCAUCAACAUUCACAGUCUCACAGAGAUAGUCCUGGAGACAGACAGACUUACUUUGUCCUUCAGCGUUUUGCACAGUAAGGAUCUGGAGGUCAUGGUCAGUCACAUGACCGCCUCGCUGAAGAGGAUUUUUCCUGAUUCUUCUCCAAUAAAGUUGUUAAGGACAGUUCCUCCUGACCUCCAGCAGAGACUUGUCACUCUGACAGGUGUGAUCGGAGAGCAGCUCAACAGUCAUCCUGGACCUUGUGGAGGAUUUUCUGAUGUCUAUGCCGCCGUGUGUGAUUUUAAUGAGAUGCCAUAUAGAGAGGAGAUUCCGUGGGAUGUUGACAAUAUCUACUACACAAACAACCUGAGACAGUUCAACCUGCAGGACUUCAGCCACUUAGACAGCAGGGAUUUGGCGUUAGCAGUUGCGGCUUUGGCUUCCAACCAGUGGUUUACCAAGAUCUACUGCAAGGAGCUCAAACUGUCAGUAGAUGUCCAGCAGCAGCUGACUUUCCUGCUGUCUAGAUCCCCUGGUCUGGAGGAGCUGUCACUGGAGGCCUGUGGACUCAAACUUGACUUUGCAAUCAAAGUGGCCUCUGCUUUACGAGAGAAAUCGUCCUCUAAACUACAGUCCAUCAAACUCUCAGGAAACCCAAUCGAAGACAAAGGUGUAAUCGCUCUCAGUCAAGAGUUUGGCAAUCUAUCUCAAGGACUGACGCACCUCUCUCUGUCCCGAGUGUCAAUGACUGCUAGAGGUGUCGGCUGUCUAAGUCAGAUGUUAUCCUCCACUCAGCUGUUCUCAGUGACUCUGACUUACCUGGAUCUGUCUGAUAACCCUGGCAGUCUGGGGACUGAAGAGGCCACGUCUCUUUUCAAGUUCCUGUCCGGUACUAACUCCGUGUCUCAUCUGGACCUCAGGGAUACCUCCUGCCCUCUGGACACGUUAUUUGUGUCUCUGUCUGCAGGAUGUUGUUACAAACUUAUGCACCUGAACCUAGCCAGCAACCCUUUCAGCCACAGAAAGGUGCGGGACGUGACGAGAAGCAUCCGGGAGUUCUUCAGUAAGACCUGUGAGCUGAAAUAUGUGAAUCUGUCUGCAACCAAACUACCUUCACAAGCUCUCAGAUUUUUACUGCAGGGUCUGGCAACCAACACUCGUCUGACUGGUCUGAAGCUGGACAUCAGCAGCUGUGAGCUACGUUCAGCUGGGGCCCAGGUGAUACAAGAGCACAUCUCUGAAGCUAUAGUUAUCAGAAGUCUGGAUAUCUCUGAUAAUGGUUUUGAAAAUGACAUGGUGACUCUGGUUCUGUCUGUUGGCCGAAGUCGCUCUCUUCAACAUCUCGCUCUGGGGAGAAACUUUGCCAUGAAGUCCAGAGCUCUCACUGAUGUUCUCCAUCGUUUAGCUCAGCUCAUUCAGGAUGAAGAGUGUUCCCUGCAGUCUCUCUCGGUGUGUGACUCCAGGCUGAAGACAGGGAUAAACAUCUUACUGAGCGCUCUGGGCGGCCAUGCUGCUCUGGCUGAGCUCGACAUCAGUGGGAACAACAUUGGAGACACAGGAGCCAAAAUGCUGGCCAAAGCUCUGAUGAGUAACACCAGACUGAGGAGUCUAAUGUGGGACAGAAACAAUGUGACUGCCAGAGGCUUCCAGGAUGUAGCUGAUGCCUUAGAAAGGAACUUCACUCUGCGGCAGAUGUCUUUCCCGCUGGCUGACGUCACACAGAGUUACCGCUGCAACCCUGACAGAACAAACGAAGCCCUGCACAAGAUUCAGCAGUGUUUAGACAGAAACAACCAGAGACAAUCUGACAGAGGGGAAUCUCACAAAGUGUUCAGAGCUCAACACUCAGAAAAGUUGGUCCAGGGUUUGUGUCAACAGUUGGAAAGAAGCCUUCAGCGUAUAAACCCUCAGUUCCAGGCUGACAUACUGAAUGCACAGGAGGUGCUUCACAAUGCUAAGGAGUCCCUUAAGCUGCUUCCCUCUUUGCUCGGGGCAGGGAAGAUGUGCACCUCUGAUGGAGACAUGGUGAACUGCAUCCUUAACGACGCUGCUAAUGCACUGACCGAUGAAUUUAAUAAGAGCAUCCAGGACCUGGCUCAAGGCCUGACAAGAAGUGCAGAGGCAGUGUGUCCACGAGUAGUCCAGAGGUCGAGUGUGUGCGAGAGGCUAUCGGAGUGUGUGUCCAGAAAAGUCCAACAGACACAAGCAUUCCUGAGAAGCACUCUGUUGGACUACACAGGGCCAAUCAUCAGCAGCAGACUGAGUGAACUGAAACAAACUCUGAGUGUCUCUCUGGCUGAAAGCAUCAUUGAACAGAUUAUACAGGAUCUGACAACAGCACAGGACAAAAUGGAUUGCCUUAUGAAAGAAAACUCAUGUUUUGCUCCAAAACUAAACAUCCCGGAGCUUCAACUGGAUGAAAGUGGUUUUCCAACUGAUGAUUACAGUCCAGCAUUUUGGAGAAACACCUUGAGGCCUGCACCUUCGAUUAAGAGUCUCCUAGAUGCAGACUGGGAGCAGCAGACAAGGGACACAGGAGGAGAGCAGGAGGAAGGAGGAGGAGGAGAAGGAAGGUGUGGCCUCCCUUGGUUACCCACAGCAACCAUGCUGUCAGUCACCAACACAAGCCCAUCCCCUUCUACUUCCCCGCCCCCAUCCCCCUCAGGAUGGAGGGGGGAGAGGCGGAGGGAGGGGGAGGUGGCAGCAGUGGAUGCUGCAGCAGCAAUAUCAGGAGCGAGAGGAGCAUCGUUCAUUCCCUCUCCCAGUCUCCCCCUCUUUUACUCCAUCUCCGCUCGAGCUCCAGAGGAGGAGGCUGACGGCGGCUGUGGAGGCUUACCCCAACGAGAGGCUCCCAGCCCAGGCCCUCUCCCCGGCUCUGGAUCCCCUGCUUCUCCCAUGGAGCCUCUACCCACCCAGGGCCAGACUCUAAGGCACUACACUGCCUCCCGACCGCGGCCGCGACGCACUCACACACAGCCCCCCUCCUUCAGGCCUCAGGAGCCUGCUUCAAAGGUUGAGAAUGAGGCGAGCGAAGGGAUGGGCCGAGUGGACGAAGGAGUAGAAGAAUUCUUUACAAAGAAAAUCAUUCCUGACUAUGCACUAAAAGGCCAGUGGGAGGAGUCAUACCCUGCCCAAGCCACUCCCUCAGAGUCAAGCUCCACCCCCUCAGCCUCAACCCCCUUUUCUUCUUCGUCUGACAAUAUCACCUCCUCUACCACCACCACUACCACCACCACUGUCACCUCCCCCUCUGUACCAUCUACUGACACAUCCAUUACAUCUGCUGAUGUACCCCCCCUCUCUUCAUCCUCCCCCACUCCCCCUACCCCUCCCUCUGACACCACCACCACCAACCCCACCACACUUCCCACCAAAAACAUCAAGAAAAAAUUUGGCGACUUCUUUGCCUUCAAGAGGCCUCGAGCCAGCCGAGCCGCCAAGGCGGGAGAGGGAGGAGGAGAGGGGGUGAAGGUCAAAAGGACCUCCAUCGCAGACCUCAUCCGACCCCUCCGCGAGGCCAAAGAAAGGGAGAGAGAGAGGGAGAGAGAGAAGGGGAGAGGGGCAAGGUCAGUGGACGAUGCUAACGUUUCUAAUGAUACCGCCAUCACAGAAGGAAUCCCUGCCGUCGGCGAGCGUCUUGCGGGGGUAAUGAUGCCGCCUGUCAAGACUUUACCAACGAUGACACCUCCCAGUGAGACCACACCCUCUUACCCCACCAUCGCCACAAGCCCCGACCUCACCAACCCUGAAGAGGAGGCAGCUCCUGUCUCAUCGGAUCACACCCCCAGUCCUGUGCUCACCCCCCCUCUAAUGGAGCAGGAGAAGUUUGGAGGGACUCCAUUUGGAGAGAGGAGACUGAAGGUGACCAAGAGAUCUCUGAGGGAGGGGAAGAGUCAGAGUCUCAUUCUGCUGACUGGACUGGAGCCUGAGGACAAGGAGGACGCACACAGUAAGAAACAUGCAUCUGAGAGUACGUCUAGUUUUGAACAGAGGCUGCAGGUGAUGCUACACAGAAUGGGCGUGGUCAAAACUCCACCUGCUGACACCAAGACGAACCAGAACAAAGAUGAUGAGCUGAGGAAAGCUAACUCUGAAGGUACUAUCCUGGAAAAACCUGAACCACCUCCUACCUACCUGAAACCCAGAACAAUGUCUACUUCAUCAGCAGACCCCAGGCAUCCAAUGAGAGUGCUAGACCCUAUACGACCGGAACCUCCUCUCCUCCCAAAGCCCCCCAUACCUGAGCGCCCUGUUGGACCCCUGCCUCCCAAACCUGCCAUCGCAGCCAAGCCGCCCAUCCCCACCCCGGCUGCUUCUGUAGGAGGAAUUCGACCCUCCUCUACUCCUCCGUCCAGCAGCUCAGCUGAGAGAGUUCAGCUCCGAGCGCUGAGUCACGAGGGCAGGCCAACAGAGAGCACAGCACAGAAUGGAAGCCAAGAGGGUCCCCGGGGUGCAGCUCCAGCUCUGUCUCCCAGAAAAGAGCUGCUUCCUCCAGCAACGUCUCCAUGGAGGGGUCCCAGUGCACAGGAUCGCUCUGAGAAAGCACAAUCAGUGACAGAAGAGAGUCUUCCUAAGCCACGCCACCACAUGAAGCCCCUCCCACAACGCAGAGCUGUGUCAGUCCAUGAGGACACCCUCGCCAUGACACAAGAGCUAAAGGCAGUGUUACAGAGGUCACCCAUCCGUUUUCGGGGCAAUAGGGGGGACCUGCCCACCUGCACAGAAGGGGAGGAAGCACAAAGAGCCCAUGAGGGUGAGAGAGCCAGUGACACAGAGAAACAGGAGGAACAGAAGGAGGCUGUCCAAAAGGAUACAGGGACGUUAGCCGAAACCAAGCAGCCCCCUCCUCCAGUAAAGGAGAAAUCACCGAGCUCUGCAUGCCUCUCCUCUUCAGCUCAGGCUCAACAUGAAGCAUCAUUGCGACUCUCCAGUCCGGCUGCAGCGCUUGACAAAGCUCCAUUAAUCCCGGAGAGGCCUCUAGCACAAACCCAAACCCUAGAAAAGCCUCCAGUAACCCCCACAUCCCAGAAAAAGAGCCCUAGCACAUCUCCUGCAUUUCACCAGACUCUAGAAAAACUUCUGGUUUCCCCACAACCUCAAGAAAAGACCCCCAGCACAAGCCCUGCUGCAUCUGAACCCCUGGCAGCGAGUCCUCAGUCCCACAGGGAGAAGAGCCCGGGCACACAGAGCACACAGGAGAGGGGGGAGACGGUCUCUAAACAGCACACAGUGAAGGCAGAUCCAGCAGACCAAAGAACUGAGCCCCCCCCUGUCUGAAAAACACACAGACUGACUCACCUGAGGAGACACCAAGGAGAGAGAGGUGGGAGGGGGCUGUGACAUCACUGAGAUCAGGAACCAGGAGGUGAACGAGGUCUGAGAGUGGCUUGAAUGUUGAUCAUGCAGGAAACAGCUAACAUCUGAAUGGCUGGGGUUUGGUCAAAUUAACACCAGAAGAGCCCACAUUUUAAAACCCGUGUGAGGGCUAAAAUUUAGACCUGAGCUUGUUUUUACUGGUUUUUGUUUGGCUCACAUUAUUCUCAUGAUAUUCAGCCCAAACAGCAGGUGCACAGAUGUUAGCUGUAACAACUAGCUAAAAACACACAGAGUUUUUCUGGAAUUUCUGUGAAUAGCUUAAACUAUUUUUUUCCCAGAGACCAUGAACAUUAUAGAAGAAGUGGUUGUAGCACUGACAUUGUCAUGAUUUUGUUUUUACAGCCACAGAUUUGGCAUUUAGCUGGUGGUUAUUUUGAUCCAUGAUGACCACAGUGUGAUGGCUGGAUGGAUACACUUUGCUAUGCAUCAAUUCUGUGUGGCAAAGCCUUACUGUAAACCCUUUUAAUUAUGAGUUUACUCUGAAGGAGACCAUAAGAUGAAGGUUAUAGACUCAUUUGGAAAAUAUGCACCGAAAUGAUAAAUAGAUAAAAAUGCAGGCUUAUUUUCUAAGACAAUUUUAUAUAAUGUUUUUGGUUUUAUAUCAGUUAAGUAGUCCCUGGAUAGCCAACUGACUUCAGUCUACUUCAACUUUUUAUACAGACUAUUCUCUAGACCAGUGGUUUUUAAAUGGUGUGGAAAUGCACACUGGUGGCUCUGAGGCAAGUUUAGGAGUGUCCUGGGAAUUUAUACAACCUAACAUUAUUACUGCAGCUAAACAACUGAAGAUACAGUAACUGAGUUAAGCGGUCUUUGCAUGGAAAUGAGUACAGUGUACCUUGAGAUUUUGGCUUGAUCUCAGGGAUGACUUGGUUAAAAAAAGUUUGAAAACCACUGCUCUAGACCCAUGGUUCUCAACUGGUGGGUCAGGACCCAGAAAUGGGCUGCAAAGCUGUUUACAACUGGGGCUUUUCCACUCUGACUUUUGGCGGCUCUGAUCCAAACCAAGUGGUGUUGAUUUACUUUUCCAUCACCAGUUUGGUCGCACCUGGCUACAGAAUAGCAUACCCGCCCCAACUCUUAGCCACGGUGACAACACAGCGGUACAUUCAAGGAUGCCUCUUAGACGUGUUUGAGUAGCAACCACUGCAACAAACUUUGAAACACCUGCCAGAUUACCAACAAAGGAAGAAGAAUACAUUUUGAAGUAGAACAGAUUUGUGCAGGGGAAUAAAAAAAAAGCCACAAACACUUUCAAGGAUUGAUGGGUAAGCUAAUCAAGUGACAAAAUAAGUAGAGGUGUAAAGUUUGAUUGAUGCUACUUGAUUAGCAUAGCAUGACUUAAAUAUGACAGGUCACAUUAAUGUGGCUGGUCUUUUUCUUUCUUUAAGGACAAACUGAACUAAACCUCAGUGUUAGGCCAUCAAAAUGACUUAAUGUUUGUUUUGUUUCACAUCUAAUCUGCAGCAUUUUCCAUUGAUUUAAUUUGAUUGGUUCAGAUUCCAGAUAAAGGAUUUUUGCCUGUAUGUGAUAUGCUGAUAUUUACAGAUUCAUUCUAGCUGAAGCUGAUAUUUAUACUGAUAAAAGAAACAAACUUCAGUUUUUAGAGCACUUUUAGGAAUGAGGAAUAACAAAGAAGAAGAGCUUAUGAAGGUCUGUUGGUCCUGCCAAAGUUCUCACAGCAUGACUGAUUUCUACAGCCCCGUAGAACAGUUAUAAAUAUCAGCAGAAGUUUUCAUAUAUUCUGAUACUAAUAAUUGAAUUCUAAACUGCUAUCUAUACACCAAUGUCAUGACAAUAAUGUGCUUUCCUAAAAAUAAGGGUCAGCUGUUUGUUAUCAUAAAAAUGAUGUGGGUCCUUAGGCUGAACUAGUUGAGAACCUCUGCUCUAGACACUCAUAAAGUGCAGGAAUACAACUGAAGGAUAAGAUUUAUCACUAUACCUGAAACAUAUUCCAAGCUUUUAACUAUCUGCCUCAAUUUAACAUCCACAAAGGUGGUAAGCUGCAUCUGAUAACAUCUUUGCAAAUCUAUAUGCAACUAUACUGCGUCUACAUUUCAGUCUCAUUUCACUCUGUUAACUACACCCAGUGGAGGGGAAGAAGCUGGCACCACAGUGUGUCAUUGAUAUGUAAACAAAAUGCCUGAAACUAGUUCAAACAUUAAAUUUCACACUCUAAAAAUGGCAUAUACCAAACCCAGUAAUGUCAGUCUCAGUGUCUCUUCUAUUCCCCUCAUUUUACCUGGAGAACUUAAUGCAACAUAUGGACGAAAAUCAAAUACUUUGAUUAACCAGGUAAGAUGAUCACCAAAGCUAACCAGGACCAAAACCAAGCCUUGUCUAGCUUAGAUUAUUUUAGUUGAGAUUAGCUGUGUUUGCUAGUGGAGCAAAGUAAAGAAUCAGUUUCCUUACACAAUCCAAAGUUAACAGAGAGGCACGUACUGCUUCCCCCUCAGCUGUGGCAAGACUUCUUUGAAGGACACUCUAAAAUGUUUACUGUACUUCAUCCACAAACUCAUACUUUAAAUACAUAUCAACCCGGUUGUUAAUGUUAACAUUGGGAAGAGGGAAGUUAAGGGACGAUUGAUUUUAGAUGACAAGGAAAAACGCCUCAUUAACUAAAUUCACUGUUUUCAUUGUGACUCAGAUUGAAAGGAUUUAUCAGCUCUGAAACAGAGAGCUCAUUUCCUCAGUUUAAAAUUAAUUUUGAAAUGUUAAAUGCCUUAUGAGUUGUUUUACUCAUUUUGAAGUUUUUCUUAUAAUCUCUGUUUCAAUCACUAUUUAUCCUCUGAUUAUUUUGUGUCUGUGUGCUGUUUAAGAGGAAGGUUUCUAACUGCACUUGGCUCAUUUUUGUUGACAUCAGCGAGAUGAAAACAAGUCAAGCAUUUUUCUUUAGUUUCUCAGUAUAAUUGCUGAGGUCCUGCAGUGUCUUCUUCACUCUCUAGUCUGUUUACUUCUGCAUACAUCUUAGAGAUUUAUAAUAUUAUCCAAGAGAUUCAGUGCUCAGAGAUAUGCUGGAGUUCACAGGGAUUUUUCCAGAUUAUUUUACAUAGCCUACAGGAAGUUUAUUGUUGAAGUUUAUUUUAAUCAUGAAAGUCUAACAACCCAUAUGCACCAGGAAGAUGACAGAAAUCAUAAAGGGUUUUUGUAACUUUUGUUUUGUUAUCCAAGUGAACCUCAUAGCAGAACUGCAGGAACUGUUCGUUUCUGCGAAGGACUACACUGAAAUUGUACAGGAACUUUGGUUUUGCAGUACAGUGCUGAUGUCUCAACAGUUGAAUUCUGUUAAUUAGGGAUGUCUGUUUCUAACACAUUUUAAAUGUCAGAUUUGUCAACUAAAGUGAAGAAAACACCCAUAAAACAGUUUGAACUGAGAGGAAAUUAUGUAAAGCAAAAGGACAGGUAUGAAUUAACAAAGUGUGGAUAAUGUCGACUUCUCAGUCCUCCUUGAUUAACCUUCACAUGUUGGUGAUAGUGACAUAUUACUUUAGUCGAGUGGUUGCACCGUGGUUUAACAUGACACUGCCUUGAAUAAUUUGAUCUCUGUUUCUAGAUCAAAAUACUGCCAAGGUGCUAGUUUACAUCAGGGCAGUAGAGCUGUAUGAAAGUAGCUUUAAACAGAGAUACUGGACAUUCCCAGCUAGAAAAAGAUGGCUUCAUUACAACGUAGAGACAUUUUUUAAGAGGCAUUGUGAGCCUGGAGUAAUAAAACAUUGAUUAAAGAGAUCAAUCGUUUUUUGGUUGUUCUCGACAGCACCAUGUCAGACUAUGCAACUAAAAUCUUGACCUGUCUUGGCCGACAGAGCUGACUCAGAUCUACAACAGAAGUGCUCAAUGUGACAAAACGGUCUUUUGCUCUUAACAAUUAUGGACUUGUCCCAGUGUACAAAGAGGAGCACAAUAUGGAUAAGCUCUCCUCCAAAUAGAACUUGAGGUAUGAAUGUGUAAAAUGUCAAGAAAAUCCCUGUAUGUAUACAUAAAACCCUGGAGGGAGAAAAAGUGGGGGCUUGUUUGGUGAAUGAUGAUACAAAGAUAGGGAGCAAAUGCUCUCCUGUUCGUAGGUGUCUGGAUUCAUGUUACUGAAGUCAGGUCAGGGUGUCAAACUAGACGAUGAUGCAAGAAAAAUUCUGACAUGCUCGUCUCUGGCUGGCCUGUACCCACACUGCUCCAAGCCCAGCCAGGCCCGUGCAGAUACUUUAUCACAUUGUUGUGUGUCAAAUGCAGUUUAGAAGACACUCACUCUCACAGAGUCAACACAAUAAAGAAAUACACAGAGAAUAUGAUUUACAAACUUUGUUAAGUCAUUAAGUCAUUUUGGUCAGACACACCUUCUAACACUCAUCUUUUGUUUGAAAGAAUUGUCUAGAGAAACAGCUGUGGCGACCAAAUGUCAUAUCCAGGCAGCACAUCCAUGCUUCUGCACGUACAGCAGUAAUCAAACCGCGUCCACCUUUUUCAACUGUCCGAGCACUUACACUGGCCCAGUAAUCUAGGCUUCUGGCACCAAACAUGCUUGGUCAUGGUACGAAUAUCCUGAAUUGAGUGCGCUCUGAGAUCUUGAGCAGGACUUGGCACUUAAGAAGAAGAAAUGCAACACAGGCAGUUGUUUCCUUGUCUUCAUUAUUUGUCACAAUUUACAGAGUUAAGGUGUGACAGGCUGUCCUGGAAGAGUCCGACAAGCUCUAUUUUAGAAAUGAUUUAUUGGAUUUUUCCCUCAGCAGUGCAUGUUGAAGACUGAGGUCACUUCAGGACCUUGGUAACUCCUCGUCCAGAAAACAGUGAGGACAUGACAGUUAAAGGGCUGCUGUCAGAUGACACCUAACUGUAUAUGCUCAAGCAAGCUGUGAUAUUCCACCUGGUCUUUGACUAUAAAUGCAAAAUGUGGAUGCUAAUUUGGAGAGUUUGACAAAAGCUUAGAUUAAGUGGCAAGAAAAAUAUUUUGCCUUAAUUUCAAGUUUAGUUGGCACAUAAUAUCUGGAAAGGAACUUUUAAAAUUAAAGUGAAUGAGUCAACAUCCUGAUUAUUUUGUCAAAAAGUUUUUUCUCUUGUUUCUCUGUCAAUCAUGCUGUUCAUGUUUAGAUUUUUUUGCCUUGUUAAGCAUUUUUCACAUCAAGCCUUUCACUCUUUGGAUUGCCAUACAUACACAUGGGACACAGAAGCACUUGGUGUUUCUGUUAUUUUUGAUAACCAGAUCAGUUGGUGACAUUCAUAUCAGUCCAGGUUCAGUCAGUCGUUCAGACUAAGAGAUCAGACCGUACGUGAUCAACUGUAGUGUGAGAAAACGAGCAAACUCUCAGGGUGGUGGUGGAGGAAGGUGUGUUUGUGAGUGUGUGUGGUUAAGAGCAGACCUCAGAUCAGCUCCCUGUGCUGUCAGCACCUCAUCCUCUGUCUCAUCACGGGGGGAGAAUUUAUUUUCUACCGUCAUGUUUGUCUUUGCCUUGCACGCACAAAAUAUGUACAAAACUACAGAAAGCAAACAAAAUCAAAGUUAUGAACAGAGU